AUGGGUUCCUUCGACUUGAUCUUCCUUGUUUUGGUGAAUGGAACGAUGACUGUUUUGCUUGGGUUGACAUUCAAGCCCCUCCUGAAAGCACCAGUCUUUCAGCAAGUUGACACGGACAACUUCAAUAGAUGCCACAUUAAUGAUAAAGAUCUGGACAGAUGUCUAGCGACUACAAUAGAAAAUGCUAUCAAAACGAUUGGCAGUUAUGGUAUCCCAACAAUGAAUCUUCCUUCAGUCGAUCCAGUGAAAAUUGCAAGUGUUGAAAUUUCAGCAGGCACCACAGCUGUCAACUUAGUCCAAAAAUAUUCAGACGUGAAAAUCUAUGGACUUUCUGAUAUCUCAGUAGAUAGCGCCCACUUAGAUCUGAAUGGAAAAAUUCUUUCAUUCACUACAUACCAUCCAGAAAUCAGACAAGAGGCAAAGUAUUCUAUAAAUGGCAAGAUUUUCGUAGUUCCAGUUCGUGGAAAGGGCAACUCAAAAAUUCUUCUAUAUGAACCGUCUUUGAAACACACUUUGAGAUUCAAAGGAGAGACGAGAAAUAACAUGGAGUACUUCAGCAUAGCUAACUAUACCCUCAAUAUUAGUAUACGAGGUGCACAUUUGGAGUUCCAAAACCUCUUCGAUGGAGACGAAGAACUGGCCCAGAACAUUCUGAAAAUCAUCAACGAUAACUGGGACAUGAUGUUUGAUGAUGUGAGAGAAGACGUUGAAAAAAGUUCUGCAGAAGUGUGCAAAAUGUUGGCGAAAAAUCUGUUUGACAGUGUACCAGUAGACCAGAUAUUUUUAGCAUAAUUCAUAAUCAGCAGGAAAUACUUUGGCAGUGGAUUGAUUCCUCAACCAAAACCAAGAC